GUAAAAAAACUACUAAAAGUAGAUCAUAGAUGGUUUAAAAGAUAAAAGUGUUCACAUAUUAAAUAAACGUGUGUCCAAUUUAGAUGACUCUCGGGCGUAAAUAUCAGAAUUCUUCCGGGAAUGCAGGGGAGGCUCGUAAGGUCUAUGCUAACCAGUCGAAUGUUGGGACUCUGUCAGGGUGCUCAUCUUCUCUUUCACUGUCCGAAAUGAUUGAGCCACCCGACUAUGAGCAGAUGUGUGAGCAUGUCAUGGGGGAGGGGGACCCCCUGGCUUACCCAGAGAAUGACUUCGAGGUGCUCACCAUCCCCCGACGCAUCAGAACUAUCAACCACAUUCUACCCGAUGAAGACUUAAGUAAAGCUCCAAUGUUUGUCCGUGACUGCAUCAGCAGUUAUACCUCCGACUUUACUGUGGUAGAAUACAAGUAUCGUGCACACUCCGGCUCGGCCAUCGGUCGGGAGAGGCUAAGUGAGAGAAUUGAGAAGCUGCUGUCAGCCCCGCAGCACCAGUAUGAAGUAGACGCUGAGCAGUCUACUUCCACAGAAGAACUUGCUUCCCAAAAUUUUGAGUCUCAACCGUCAAGCGGGCGACAGUCCGUGGCGUCUAUAUCCUCAUCAUCAUCGUGCAAUGAGACCCUCACGCCUCGCGGCUCGUGGGCCAGCCUGGACCUUCGUAGCUCCUCCUCUGACCCGCUCCUCCCGGAUCUGUUUGAGAAGAAACCACCAGAUCAAAUUGAUGCUAUUAAUGAAGCCAAAAGGCUGGAGAACCGUCAGGCGGACCUGAUGGGUCUGUACGCGCCGUAUCUGGACGAGGAGGAGGCCGUGGAGCGGCGGCUGGCGGCCGAGUUGCCCGCGGAGAUGCUCGGCCACCGUAUACUCGUCGUCUGCCAUCAGCUCAAACUCGAGCUCGACGUGGAGCCGUUAUUCGCGUCGAUGGCCCUCUACGACGCCAAGGAGAAACGCAAGCUUUCCGAGAACUUCUACUUCAACCUGAACUCGGAGUGCACGCGACAGAUGCUGUCCGCCCACGUCCCCCACGCUGACCUCUCCACGCUCAGCCGCAGUGCGGUCUUCGACAUACACAACCCCACACCGGACAUAUUCAUAGUCGUCCGGGUCGAGAAGGUGCUGCAGGGGGAUGUUAACGAAUGCGUCGAGCCGUACAUCAAAGAUGAUAAGAACCGUGAGAAAGUCCGCGCGGGGGCGGCGGCGGCGUGCGCGCGGUUAGGGCGGUACCGGAUGCCGCUGGCGUGGAGCGCCGUGUCGCUGCUUAGCGUGCUCAGCGGCGCCGGCGACACCCCUCAGGACCCACCCACACCCUCGCCCAACACCAACAGCCUCGACCGCAAGGCGUCCGGCGGCAGCCUGGAGGGUCUGCGGCGUCGCGCAGGCGAGGUGGGCGGGUCCCUGUCCCGCAAGGGGUCGGUCGAGCGGCGCGCCCCGCCCGACGACGUGCUCACACACAUCGACACCUUCAAACCCAUCGCCAUUACUGUCACUAGCUUCUUUAAACAGGAGACGGACAAACUCCGCGACGAGGACCUGUACAAGUUCCUGGCGGAGAUCAAGCGGCCGAGCUCGGCGCCCAAGAAGCUCAAGUGCAUCCCGGGCACGCUCAAGAUCGAGGUGUCGCCUGCGCCCGACGAGAUCCGCAACGGACUCACGCCCGAGCUCGCCAAACUGCAGCCCUAUGGAGAUGAGAACGUGCGUCCGUGCAAGGAGAUCCUGCCAUUCCCGGCGGGCGCGGGGGGCGGGGCGGCGCCACACACGCACUACCGCAACCUGCUGUUCCUGAGCGUGCGAGACAUCAACCUCACCGCCUACACCGCGCGGGCCGGCUCCGCACGGAACAUCACGGUCCGAAUCCAGCUGAUGGCGGGCGAGGAGCAGUCGGCGGCGCUGCCCAAUAUAUUCGGCCGCAGCUCGUGCCCGGAGUUCAGCACAGAGGCCUACACCACAGUGCUCUACCAUAACAAGAACCCGUCGCUAUACGACGAGGUGAAGCUGAAGCUGCCGGCGGACCUGGGCGACCACCAUCACCUGCUGUUCACGUUCCUGCACGUCGCCUGCCAGCGCAAGCCCGCCGACCACGAGAAGAACGUCGAGACACCUGUCGGAUACUCUUGGUUGCCGCUAUGCCGCAACGGCAAGCUGUCUAGCGGCGAGUGGGCGUUGCCGGUGAUGUCGGAGGCCCCGCCCCCCAACUACUCGUACAUCUUCCCCGACGUCCAGCUGCCCGGCACGCGCUGGAUCGACAACCACCGCCCGCUGUUCAACAUCGCGCUGGACCCGCACACCACUGUACAUCCUCAGGACAGCUUUAUAGAGCGGUUUGCGAUGGCGUGCGAGGCGGUCAUCGAAGGCAACAUACCGCCGAGAAUCGGACUCGCCAAUAUGGAAUCUGAACUAAGGACAAGUAUGGCGGAGCUGGGGUGCGGGGCGGCGGAGGCGCUGGCGCGCCACCUGCCGGUGCUGGCGGACGCGCUGCUGCGGCUGCUGACGGCGCCGCCCGCGCUCGGCCCGCAGCCGCUCAACAUCGCGCAGGACGCCUUCGCCGCGCUCGCGCAUCUCUUCGCCACCGUCACCAACAUGAACGAAGGCAGCACGUGCGACGCGCACGGCCGCAGCGGGCUGGUGUCGGCGUACAUCACGUACCAGUGCCGCAUGCCCCGCCCCAGCGCGCGCGACGCGCACGUCGGCCUGCCGCUGCCGCCUGAAGCGCUAAUUGACGGGUCGUGCAAGAUCCUGCACGAAGAGAUCGCGCUGCAGUGGGUGGUCGCCAGCGGCACCACCAGGGACCUCGCCAUGCACAACUCAUGGGCACUGUUCGAGCUGAUGGUGAAGUCGAUGGGUGAGUACGUGUGGCGGAGCGCGGGGGGCGGGGCCGACACGCCGCGGCGCGCGCGCUUCCCCGACCACUUCACCGACGACGUGGCCGCGCUCGUCGGCAACGUCACUGCGGAGAUCAUUGCCAGAUACGGAAAGGACAGCCGUCUGACGCAGAGCCUGAACAACAGCCUGGCGUUCUUCCUGUUCGAUCUGCUGAGCCUCAUGGACCGCGGCUACGUGUUCAACCUCAUCCGCACCUACCACAAGCAGAUGUGCGCCAAGAUCGCCUCCCUGCCUGACGCCGUGCCGCUCGUGCAUUACAAGCUAUCGUUCCUGCGCAUCGUGUGCUCGCACGAGCACUACGUGUCGCUGUGCCUGCCGCCGCCGCCGCUGUCGCCCGCGGCCCCGCCACCGACCCGCCCCCCCGCCUCCUCCGCCUCCACCACCGCCAGCGAGGACGGCCGCCGCCUCGCCACCCUCAGUGUUGACUUCCGAUCGAGACACUACCUCGCCGGCCUGCUGCUGUCCGACCUUGCUGCUGCGCUUGACCUGCAGUCGCCAGUGCUGCAGUGCGCAGCGGUAUCCGCACUGGCGGGCUUGCUGAGCGCGCACGACGCGGACCCGCGGCUGGCGCGGCCGGAGCUGCGCGCGCGCGUCGCGCAGCUCUACCUGCCGCUGCUGACUAUCGCUAUGGACGUGCAGCCGCGCCUGCACCGCGCAGCCGCUGCUCCCAAAGACAUACUGCAACUCGACGGAGAGAUGAGCCAAUUUGGCGCGUUCAACCCCGCGACCACGCCUGAAGAAUUCAAGCAGGGCGGUCGCGCGGCGUUCAACAGCGAGACGAGCCGCAACCUGGUGACGUGCGUGGUGUGGGUGCUGCGGUGGGCGGAGCGCGGCUCGCUGCACGCCUGCCUGCAGGACCUCGCCCCGCCCCGCCUAUACAGCUUCCUGCAGCUGAUAGAUCUCGCCUUCGCCGCGCACGAGUAUAAGGGUCGAAAAGAAAUCAUGAAAUGCGCUCAACAAAACGUACGAAAAACUACCGACAUCAAGGCGAAGCUGGAAGAUGUGAUUCUGGGCCAGGGAUCCGCCCGAUCAGACUUCAUCAUGAGGCGCAAAGGUGCGUACCAGAGCGGAUCCAGUGGACGUGGCGGCGCAGGACGCGAGCGGUGGCGCAAGGAGUGGGUGCGGGGGGCGGCGCGCUCGCGGCCGGCCUCCCCCGCGCGCCCGCUGCCCGCGCUCGCGCAGGCGUUGGCUGCGGAGGUGGCGCUAGUGCUGCUACACGCGCUCGAGGCGCUCGUACAGGCUAGCUCUGGUCUGGAAUGGGGAGGCGUGGCGUGCGGCGGCGCGUUGAGCGUGCUAGUGCGCGCGCUACAGCGCCACCAGAGCACCGUCGUCUUGCAGCACAUGUUCGCCACCGUGCGCGCGCUCAUACUCAAGUUGGGCUGGUCGUGCGUAUCUGCGGAGCGCGGCCCGGCGCUAUGCCGCGUGCUGCUGCGUCACUGCGCGGCGCUGGCGGGCGUGACGCGCGCGCACGCCGCCGCCACGCUGUACGCGCUCAUGCGCCAACACUAUCAUCUCGGCAACAACUUCAGCCGCGUGAAGAUGCAGGUUACGAUGUCGCUGUCGUCGCUGGUGGGUACGAUGGCGUCGCUGAGCGAGGAGUCGCUACGCCGCGCGCUCAAGACCGUGCUCACGUACGCCGAACACGAUCACGACUUAGCCGGCACUAGCUUCCCGGAGCAGGUGAAAGACCUGGUGUUCAACCUACACAUGAUCCUGAGCGACACGGUGAAGAUGAAGGAGUUCCAGGAGGACCCGGAGAUGUUGCUGGACCUGAUGUACCGCAUCGCGCGCGGCUACCAGCACAGCCCCGACCUGCGCCUCACCUGGCUCAGUAACAUGGCCCAGAAGCAUAUGGAGCGUUCGAACCACGCGGAGGCGGGCAUGUGCCUGGUGCACGGCGCGGCGCUCGUGGCGGAGCAGCUGCGGGCGCGGGGGCGGGGCGCGGCGCUGCUGGCACGCGUCACGCACAACGCGCUCGACGAGUCCGCGCCCGACCCUGCUAUACACCACCUCGGCGCUAUCGAGCUGCAGGCGCUGCUGGAGCACGCGGCGGGCGAGCUGAUGGCGGCGGGCCUGUACGAGACCGUCAACGAGCUGUACAAGGUGCUCAUCCCCAUCGCCGAGGACGCGCGCGACUACAAGAAGCUCGCCAACAUACACGGCAAACUGAACGAGGCGUUCACCCGCAUCGAGCAGCUGGCGGGCAAGCGCGUGUUCGGCGCGUACUUUCGCGUGUCCUUCUACGGCGCGCGCUUCGGAGACCUCAGCGGUGAGGAGUACGUGUACAAGGAGCACGCGCUCACCAAGCUGCCCGAGAUCUUCAGCAGGCUCGAGAAUUUCUACGGGCAGCGGUUCGGCGCGGAGAACGUGGUGAUCAUCAAGGACUCGAACGUCGUGGACGUGGCGACGCUGGACCCGGACAAGGCGUACAUACAGAUCACGUAUGUCGAGCCCUACCUCGAGCCGCACGAGCUGCGCGUGCGCACCACGCACUACGAGCGCAACCACAACAUUAAGCGGUUCAUGUACGCGACGCCGUUCACUGCGGACGGGCGCGCGCACGGCGAGCUGGCGGAGCAGUGCAAGCGUAAGACCAUCCUCACCACCGCACACCACUUCCCCUACGUCAAGACGCGCAUACAGGUUGUGCAAAGAACGACAAUAAUUUUGACGCCCAUAGAAGUCGCCAUUGAAGAUAUUCAGAAAAAGAUACACGAGCUGGCGGCGGCGACGGGGCAGGAGCCGCCGGACUCCAAGAUGCUGCAGAUGGUGCUGCAGGGCUGCAUCGGCACCACCGUCAACCAGGGACCGCUAGAACUCGCGCAGGUGUUCCUGGCGCCCGUGGUGGAGGGGACGCAGCCCGCCACCCGCCUCACCAACAAACUGAGACUGUCAUUCAAGGAUUUCUCUAAAAAAUGUCACGACGCCCUGAAGAAGAACAAGAACCUGAUCGGCAGCGAGCAGCGCGAGUACCAGCGCGAGCUCGAGCGCAACUUCGCGCGGUUCACCGAGCGCCUAGCGCCGCUCAUCGCGCCCACCGCCACGCAUGCGCAGCAUCUCGCGCAUGGUGUGACCAAAACAGACUACAAGUUCCAAGCGUAAAUUGACGAUGCAAGA